AUGCAGAAUACAACAGUACAUGGGCUGUACUUCUGUCAUCCCACAUCGAUAGACGGGAACCCUGAAUUGCUCGCGGUAUCCAGGCGUUCCCUGUCUCGCGGAGAUCAUGUCACAUUCACCGCUAGUCAAUGUCGGCCAAAAAGGCUCCAAUGUUGCCAAUGGCACUCAUGCACCAUCAGUAGUACGCAUAUUCCCACCAAGGACGACUUGGGCAAGUCCUUCGCCUAUUUGCGGCUCCUCUUUUCCUUGGACUACACGAUCGCCGAUGUUCUGCUCAUAAUUGGGGGCUUAUUAUUCGCCAUUUGCGCCGGUAUUCCCUUCCCUCUACUCGGUAUCGUCUUCGGUGACCUGAUCAACGACCUGAAUACGGUGACGUGCAGUUCCUCGGAUCGCGCUACUGCGGACCUCUCCUCGGCUGUGCGGGCGAAGGUGUUGUAUGUCAUCUACAUCACAAUUGCAAACUUUUGUUUCAUCUACGCCCACAGCACUUGCUGGUGUUUGGUGAGUGAGCGCCUGGCACGCCGCUACCGUCGCCGUUACUUUGAGAGCAUUAUCAAACAGGAGGCCAAAUUCAUCGAAUCACUUCCUUCGGGUGACGUUGUUUCGCGUCUGGUCAGUGACAUUGAACUUGUGCAGUCGGGCACGUCGGAGAAGGUGGGACUCGUCAUCUCAACUCUGUCAUACUUUGUGGCUGCCUAUGUGGUUGCCUUCAUCAAAGUGCCCAAGAUUGCAGGCAUGCUAGUCUCUGUGGUUCCUUGUUUCUUCUUGAUGGCACUUGGCGGAGGGCAUUACAUCAAGAAAUUUGCGGGUCGUCUGGCCGAGAAAGUCAAUGCGGCCACAUCCAUAGCUUCCUCCAGUUUGUCACACCUGACACUUGUUCAUGCCUUCAAUGCGAACGACCGGCUCGAGAAGCGUUUCGCGGGCUACCUCUUGCAAUCGAGGAAAGACGCGGUUCGAAAAGCUACUACUCACGCGGCACAAUUGGGCUGUCUUUACUUCAUUGCCUAUUCCGCCAACGCCCUAGCAUUUUGGGAAGGAUCCCAAAUGAUCUCAAAAUCGGUGGCCGACGGAAACUCUGGAACCUCUGUCGGUGCGGUUUACACCGUUAUCUUCGUCCUCAUUGACGCAUCCUUCAUUCUCAGUCAGGUCGCUCCCUUCAUCCACGUGUUCGCCUCGGCUGCAGGCGCUUCAGAGAGGCUUUUGCAGGUGAUCAACAGGCCUUCUGCCAUUGAUGGGACGUCUGAUUCAGGCGAUAAGACUGCCGCAUUUGGUGAGGAGGAUAUUCGCUUUCGGGAUGUUCACUUCAAGUACCCCUCACGCCCGGAUGUCCCUGUCCUGCAAGGAGUGACUUUCAACAUCCCGCCCAAAAAGCAUACAGCGAUUGUGGGUCCUUCUGGCGGUGGAAAGUCAACAGUUGUUGCACUUCUAGAGCGCUUCUACGAUCCCGAUUCAGGGGAUGUUCUGAUCGGCGACAAGAAUUUCCGGGACAUAAAUGUUAGAUACCUGCGCGGGAAUAUCGGCUAUGUACAACAAGAACCUUCGUUGCUGGAUCGUACCAUUCUGGAAAAUAUUGCAUAUGGCUUAGUUUGUGUCACCGAGAUUGUGGACUUGGUCAAAGAAGCGGCUGCCAAUGCGAAUGCGCUUGGCUUUAUUGAAGCACUGCCCUAUGGUUUCGCCACAAACGUAGGUACGGCAGGGAAUCAGCUGAGCGGUGGCCAGAAGCAACGAAUUGCUCUCGCCCGUGCUCUGGUUCGAGAACCAUGCCUGUUGAUUUUGGACGAGGCAACUGCGGCUCUUGAUUCGACCAGUGAGCAGCUUAUCCAGGCCGCAUUGAACAGGGUAUCCGAGCGAGUUACGACUGUAUCAAUCGCCCACCGCCUAGCAACAGCCAAAAAUGCGCAUAAGAUCGUUGUGGUCCAGAGUGGCCGUGUUACUGAGGAAGGAUCCCACACGGACUUGGUUUCGCGGGGAGGGGUCUACGCAGAGAUGGUGCGGCUUCAGAACCUGGGAAAGCUAUCUCUAGACGAUAGGGUAAUCUCGGGAGACAUGAUCAGUGCACUGAACGCAACUCCUGAAACACGACAGUUGUUGGACGAAAAACAAGCUUUUGUCGAUGGUAACAGGUCAGACAUCACGGAGGACACGGUUGUUGCUGACACACCGUCGGACUCCCGCGAUGGAAGUGAGGAGGAAGCCAGAAAGAAAAGGAAGAGAACACGGUCUGCAGGGUUCGUCACACGGUACACCUUCGCCUUGAUCCGUCCCAACUUGCAUUGGGUUCUGCUAGGUCUUGCCAUGUCUGUCAUUAUCGGCGGCAGCUACUCGGCAGAGGCUAUUGUAUUUGGUCACACGGUUGGAAGCUUGAGCCCUUGCAGGUCUGCCGAAGCUAUCAGCCGCGAUGGCAACCUCUACGGAUUACUCUUCUUCAUCCUCGCUUUGGUCGAGUUCGGUGCUAAUGUGGUGGGUGGCUGUGCUUUCGGCUGGGCUGCCGAUAAAGUGUUGUACCGGAUCCGAGUGCUGUCUUUACGCUCGCUACUGGGCCAAACCGUGAAAUGGCACGAAUCGGAGGAUCGCACCCCUGGGACGUUGCUCACAUACAUCACUGGUGACGCAUCGGCGUUGGGUGGCAUUACUGGCACAACCAUAGGGCUCCUGCUGGCGACUGCUGUCAACCUGAUAGGAGGUUUAGUGAUCUCGUUCUCAAUUGCUUGGAAGAUCACAAUUGUAUUGUUUCCCACAAUUCCAGUCCUGCUGGUGUCAGGCAUGAUGAAACUCCGAGUGCAAAAACAACUCGCCGAACGUCAUCAGAAGGCGUUUGCGAAGGCUACAGCUGUCACCAUUGAGGCCGUCGACAACAUCCGCGCAGUUUCUGCAUUCUCUCUGGAGAAGCAAUCGUACCAGGUUUAUGGUCGUGCACUUCGAGGUCCCUACCGGGCUACCAUCAAAGCCACGUUCCACGGGAAUGCAUGGUUAGCAUUGGCAUUUAGCAUCAGCAACCUGGUCUAUGCCCUAGCGUACUGGUGGGGUUCGAAACAGAUCGCCGAGGGUCGCUAUUCCCAAACGCAAUUUUUCAUUGUCAUGCCAGCUCUGUUGUUUAGCACGCAGUCUUGUGGGCAGAUGUUUGCCCUUGCGCCGGAUAUCUCGAAAGCCGGGGUGGCUUCGUCCAAUAUCGUCGAACUGCUGACUACCCGUUCGGCAGAGGAUGAAGUGACACCUGGAUCAUCGCACAGCUUCCAGCCUUCCAGCAGCAUGGGCGCCCAACUGCGCGAUGUCCAUUUUACUUAUCCACAUCGCCCAGAGCGCCCGGUCCUGAAGGGUCUCAACAUUGACAUCAAACCAGGUCAGUUUUGCGCUCUGGUGGGGCCCAGCGGGUCAGGCAAAUCGACCACGUUUGCCAUGCUGGAGAGAUUUUACCGGCCUAAUGCCGGUGCAGUUGUCAUCGACGGUGUGGACGUCACUCGUCAGGUCGGGACAGAGUUCCGCGAUGAUAUUGCGCUGGUUCCUCAGCAGAACAUUCUCUUCGAGGGAACUGUUGCCUUCAACGUUGCACUUGGCGCAUGCCCAGGCCACGAGCCCACACAAGAGGAGAUUGAGGAGGCAUGUCGCAUGGCCAACAUCCACGAUGUCAUCAUGACUCUGCCCCAGGGGUAUCAGACGAUGUGCAGCCAUGACGGCAAGCAGUUUUCGGGUGGACAGCGCCAGCGACUGUCGAUUGCCCGCGCAUUGGUGCGCAAGCCUCGCUUGCUGCUGCUGGACGAGUCGACAAGUGCGCUAGACGUGGAAUCGGAGAAGCGAAUUCAGGAAGCGCUGGCGACCCUGGCAGGCCGGACCACAGUAGUGGCCAUCGCGCAUCGACUGAAUACCAUUCAUCGGGCCGAUCAGAUCUUCUUGAUCGAGGACGGCAGAUGCAUUGAGCAAGGUACACACCAGCAGCUGAUCCAGCGGAGCGAGACAUACCGGACGAGUGUGAUUCACCAAUCGCUGGAAACUUGA